AUGAGGAAAAAUUUAAUAGCAAAAAAAACUGCAGGUAGCAAAUUUAACCGUCCUGAUCCUCAUUACGGUCCUCCAGCAUCGUUUCAUCACGAUCAUCAUCAUCACGAACCCGAAGGAGUUUGGAAGAAAAAAUUAGUUUGGAAAGAAGAAUGGAAACAAGUGUGGAAAACGGUUAAAAAACAAAUUUGGAAACCCGUACAGAAAAAAGUACAAGUUCCCGUGUGGAAAGAAAUUCAAGUACCCGUUUGGAAAGAAAUUCAAGUUCCAGACUGGAAAACUGUACAGAAACCGAUAUGGGUAGAAACAAAAGUGCCAGCCUGGAAAGAAAUACAAGUGCCCGAUUGGAAAAAGAUCAACAUUCCCGUUUGGAAAGAAAUUCAAGUGCCCGCUUGGAAAGAAAUUCAAGUUCCCGAUUGGGUAGAGCACCAAGUUCCAGAUUGGGUCGAAGUUAAGGUACCCGUUUGGAAAGAGAUUCAAGUUCCGGAUUGGGUAGAACAUCAAGUGCCAGAUUGGGUUGAAGUUAAAGUGCCCGCUUGGAAAGAAAUCCAAGUGCCGGCAUGGAAAGAAAUACAAGUUCCAGAUUGGAAAGAAAUACAAGUCGUCGAUUACAAAAAGAUAUGGGUUCCCGUAUGGGUUAAGGAACACGUUCCGGGUCACAAAACGAUCGAAAAGGGACACGAUUACGAAGUCACGGCGCACGAUCUCUGGAAGAAAAAAUUAAUAUGGAAACCGGAAUGGAAAAAAUACUGGAGAACGGAAAAGAAACAGAUAUGGAGAACGGAAAAGAAACAAGUCUGGAGAACGGAAAAAGUACAAAUAUGGAGAACUGAGAAAAAACAAAUCUGGAGAACUGAAAAGAAACAAAUCUGGAGACCCGAUAAAAAAUUAAUCUGGAAAGUCGAAAAGAAACAAGUCUGGAGAACUGAGAAAAAACAAAUUUGGAGAACUGAGAAAAAACAAAUUUGGGUUCCGAGUAAGAAAUUGAUAUGGAAAACCGAAUACAAACAAAUCUGGAGAACGGAAAAGAAACAAAUAUGGGUCCCGAGCAAAAAACUAGUCUGGAAAGAAGAAAAAGUUCAAAUAUGGAGAACCGAAAAGAAACAAGAAUGGGUUCCGGAUAAGAAAUUAGUUUGGAAAGACGAAUGGAAAACCGUAUGGGUCCCCGCGUGGAAAGAAAUUCAAGUUCCAGACUGGAAAAAGGUAUGGAAACCCGUUUGGGAAAAGGUUUGGGUGCCCAUUCACCACGGAUGGGAUUAG